AUGAAGCUGCACGCCAUCGCUGGCAUUGCUGCCGCGACCGGCGCGUGCGCCGCAGCUAUCCAGCCCGACGGUGCCAACGCCGGCGCCCUUCACGCUCGCCACGGUGGUGGUCGUUGGCCAUUCGGCGGCUGGCGCCAGCACCAGACGUUCGACCCAUGCACCCCGUCCUCCGACUUGCAAGACUUCCACGGCGAGAUCGAGGAGAACGGUCAGCGUCGGCAGUUCGACAACUGGGCCGACUUCCACCGCGAGCUGCAGAAUCAGCAGAGCAAUGGCGGCUGGCGCAAGUGGGCGCCGUGGCUGUUCCCUGCGACGUCUUGCACCACCGGCGCUGGCAGCCUGCCCACGCUCGUUGACGGUAAGCAGAACGCUGCCCCUACACUGUCGCCCAACCCCACUUUGACUCUCGGAAUCACGUCCAGCGCCGACUCGGAGGGCACGGACACGGCCGUUCCUGAGACCACGGACGGAGUCGUCACCUCCACCCCAGACCCUAAUCUCACUUCAACCUCAAGCUCUACUGCGAGUUCCUCGGCGAACGGGGUGGACAGCUCGCUUGUCGGCCCGUCGUCCGCACCCCUUUCCAGCUCGGCCAACCUCGUCACGAGCAGCAGCGCGGACCCCCUUGCAACCACCGCUAUCGACCCUACCUCUUCUUCUGCCGAUUCCCUCUCUUCGAGUGCCAACUUUGACGCGCUCACUUCAUCCUCGAGUGCCGCUCCCAACGCCUCCACGUCCUCAAGUGUUGACCCGAACGCCGCUUCCACACUGGCUCCAACGUCGACGCUGCCGAAUGCGACCGCUGUGCCGACGACGAACGCGACCGUUGCACCGACCGCGACCUCGGCCAACGUAACCGCUGUUCCUACCACCGGCACCGCUGUGCCUUCAAACGCCACGAUCCCUCCGACGAACACGACCCAGGCACCUCCGCAGCCGACGAUCCACAACAACAGCGGUUCGAUCGACGACCCUUCCGUGGUGCAGGGUCUGGACAAGAUCCGCGGUGUGAACCUCGGCGGCUGGCUCGUGUACGAGGGCUGGAUCACGGCCGACGGCGGCGGCUUCGGCUCGGGCAAGAACUGGGUCGACGAGUGGACGAUGGCGCAGACCUACGACCAGAACAAGGAGUACAUCGACAACCACUGGAAGAGUUUUGUGACCGAGGCGGACUUUGCCGAGAUCGCCGCCGCAGGCCUGAACACGGUGCGCAUCCCUGUGGGCUACUGGACCUUCAUCCCCACGGCUGGCGACGAGCCGUACCGCGGCCAGGUGGUGACCUGGGAGGUUUUGAAGCAGGCUUUCGGGUGGGCCCAGAAGCACGGCCUCCGCGUCAUGCUGGACAUGCACGCCGUGCCUGGCCCGCAGUCUCUCGACGCACACUCGGGACACAAGACGGACCGCGCGGGCUUCUUUUUCAGCGAGGAGAACAAGAAGCGCACGAUCGACGCCCUCGUCGUCGCAGCCACCGAGUUCACGCAGCCCAAGUAUGGCGGCGUGCUCAAGUCGCUCAUGCUCGUGAACGAGCCGCGUCUGCCGAACGAGCGCCGCGACGAGGCGCGCCAGUUCCUGAAGCAGUUCUACGUCGACGCGCACAAUGCGAUUCGCGCCAUCCCCGCCCCCGGCAUCCAGAACAUGACUAUCCUCAUCCACGACUCCUUUGAUGGUGCAGAGCGCUACGGCGACUUCCGCAACGUCACGGGCGACCCCAACGUGGCCAUGGAUCGCCACCUGUUCUCCAUCUUCGAGCCGAGCAAGGCCAACUGGACCGGCGCGGCCGUCCUCAAGGCGCAGUGCGAGCAGGCCAACUCCCUCGUCGACUUUGCGCGCAAGUACUUCACGGUCAUGGUUGCUGAGUUUGGCGCGCCGGCGCGCGGAGGCAGCUGCUCGUGGUUCGAGGGCGUUGCGGGGAUCCAGAACCCCGGCCAGUGCCCCGGAUGGGGCGACGAGCCCGACCGCGUCACGUAG